GCUGGACUCUUCCCUGCGAGCGUGUUCCCGGCCCGUAAUGGCUCCGCUCCGUUUCUCGGCCAACGUGUCGUGGCUGUUCCCCGAGCUCCCCGGGCUCCCCGCGCGGCUCCGGGCGGCCGGCGGCUCGGGCUUCGAGGCCGCCGAGGUGGCCUGGCCGUACGCGGAGCCGCCCGAGGCACUGGCGCGCGCGGCGCGGGAAGCGGGGCUGCGGCUGGUGCUGAUCAACACGCCCCCUGGAGACCGAGAGAAAGGGGAAAUGGGGCUGGGGGCCGUUCCCGGGAGGCAAGCGGCCUUCCGAGAGGGGCUGGAACAGGCAGUGCUGUACGCCAAGGCUCUGGGCUGUCCCAGGAUUCACCUGAUGGCUGGCCGAAUGCCCCAGGGGGCUGACCGAGCAGCAGUCAGGAGUGAAAUGGAGACCGUUUUUCUGGAGAACCUGAGGCACGCAGCUGGAGUUUUGGCUCAGGAGAGCCUCGUGGGACUGCUGGAGCCCAUCAACACCCGCAUCACCGACCCCCAGUACUUCCUGGACACCCCCCAGCAGGCGGCAGCCAUCUUACAGAAGGUCGGAAGACCCAACCUCCAGUUACAGAUGGACCUAUUCCACUGGCAGAUCAUGGACGGGAACCUGACAGGGAAUAUACGGGAGUUGCUGCCCCUCGUUGGGCAUGUGCAGGUGGCACAGGUCCCAGGCCGGGGGGAGCCUGACAGCCCCGGCGAGCUGAACUUCCCCUAUCUGUUCCAACUGCUGGAGGAUGAAGGCUACGAGGGCUUUGUGGGCUGCGAGUACCGGCCUCAAGGAGACACAGCAGAGGGCUUGAGUUGGCUUCGUGCAUACUGGGACAGGCGGGGUCACCCUCAGGCUGGCCAGUGAGGGCCCGCCCUGCACCCCCCCGUGCCUCUGGGGGACAGGGCCCAGAGUGGCCUGCAUCUCCUGCAUUAAAGACCACCUGCCGAA